AACAUGGCGGCUCGCACGAUUGAUGAGCAUGAGAGAUGUUUCGGGAUAGUUUCAAAUAUUACAAGAGCCGGAAUCCUGUACCGGAUUACAGCGACGUAAUCGAUCUCGAAUGUCCAGAUUGUAUCGGAGUUAGAAAGAUUGAGGCGCACGUAACUGGUGAACAAAUCGAGAACAACUUUGGUCUCAAGUUAAUGAAUAAAUGGAGUAUUUAUGAGUUGCUGGAUAUUCCCGGUCUCAUCUUUAUUCAGAAUCCAUUUACACCCAAUGGCCAACGAUACUGGAUUACGAAAUGCUUGAAAGAUUAUUCUAAGGAACCAUACAAGUUGAACAUAGAUGCUCAUAAUGUUUUAAAUAACGAAACAUGGUGGAAUAUAUGUUUUCAAGCGGAGAAAGCUAAAACUCUUCUACCUAAGUUGCGAUGGGCGACAUUAGGAUACCAUCACAAUUGGGAUACGAAAUUAUACUCGGAAAACUCGAGAAGCGACAUGCCGACAGAAUUAUCUGGCCUGACAUCCCUUUUAGCAAAAGCAUUAGGUUUCUCAGACUUUAAAGCAGAAGCUGCGAUUGUAAAUUAUUAUCGAAUGAACUCGACUUUGGCGGGGCAUACAGAUCAUUCGGAGAUGAAUAUUACAGCACCGCUUUUUUCUAUAAGUUUCGGGCAGACGGCAAUCUUUCUGAUUGGUGGUCUUAAGCACGAAGAUCCAGCUAAUGCUAUUUUUCUACGGAGUGGAGAUGUAGUUGUGAUGUCAAAAAGCUCCCGUCUAAGGUAUCACGGAGUGCCGCGGAUUUUAGCAGCGUCGAAAGCACCUUGGGACGAUAAUUACGAAGACAAUUGCGAAGACUCCCCCGCGUACAAUCUGGACGAUUGGCACAAAGCACGAACUUACAUCGCCGAAGCUAGAAUUAAUCUGAAUGUAAGACAGGUUUUGAAACCUGGACAGAUCGUAUUAUACUAA